UUAAAUUUCAACAUAAAAACAAUGGCAUGAUUCAGACCCUGUUGGAGUGGCUGACAGAAAUGUAUUUUGAACUUUUUUCUGAAGUCAUGAUUUCAACUUUGGAUGUCUUUGGAUCAAAAUUAGAACACUAAUUUUUUAACUUCUCUGAAGUGAUCUCAGCAAGAAAUGGAAUGAUCUGGAAACUCUCACCAUCAGAUUCACAGGAUGGCAGUCCUUGACCAGACUCAGCACUCAGUGACCUUUGAGGAUGUGGCGGUGGACUUUACCCAGGAGGAGUGGACUUUACUGGACCAAACUCAGAGAGAGCUCUACAGAGAUGUGAUGUUGGAGAACUACCAGAAUCUCAUUACACUAGGGCAUGAAGCAAGCCAGCCCAGUGUCAAGCCUGGAUUGCAAGGAGCAGAACUGAGGACAGGAGCGAGUAUUCUGUAGGAAUUGGAUUUCCAACUCAAAAAAGGUUCCACAUCUCUUCAAGAUUUCUCUGUGGAAAAAGCAUCAAAUGGAAUAAUCCAAUUGGAGAGAAGCAAUACUUGGAUGAAACAAUAUAGCUCUGACCUGUGUGGAAAAGUACUCAGUGAGCACUCGUUUAUUAUGACUCACAUUAGACCAAAAACUAAGGGUAGUCGGAGUGCCUUUAAAAAGAACUUUAUUUGUACUUUGCUCAAGGAAAUUCCUGUUGGGGAAAAACCUUCUGAGUGUGUUCAACAUGAAAAGGUCUUUGAUUGGCUUUCAAAUCUCACUGGGCACAAGAAACCUCAGACACAAAGGAAGUUAUGCAAAUGCAAAGAUUGUCAGAGAACUUUUGUUAAUCAGGCAUCCCUUAAUGUACAUACGAGAUAACACUCUGGAGAAAAACCUUAUGAAUGUAAAGAAUGUGGGAAAGCCUUCACUCAUUCCUCAUACCUUACAGAUCACUCAAGAAUUCACAGUGGAAAAAAGCCCUGUGUAUGUAUGGAAUGUGGGAAAGCCUUUACUCGAUCCACAGGACUUAUUUUACACAUGCGAAUUCACACUGGAGAAAAACCAUAUAAAUGUAAGGAAUGUGGAAAAGCUUUUAUUCAUUCCUCCUACCUUACAAAACAUGUACGAAUUCACAGUGGAGAAAAGCCAUAUAUAUGUAAGGAGUGUGGGAAAACUUUUACUCGUUCCUUUGGACUUGUCUUACAUAUGCGAACACACACUGGAGAAAAACCCUACGUGUGUAAGGAAUGUGGAAAAGCCUUUAAUAAUUCUUCAAUGCUUAAUCAACAUGUAAGGACACACACUGGAGAGAAGCCACAUGAAUGCAAGCAAUGUGGGAAAGCAUUCACUCAGUCAUCGGGCCUUACCACACAUUUAAGAACUCACACUGGUGAGAAGGCCUAUGCAUGUAAAGAAUGUGGGAAAGCGUUUGCUCGUUCCACAAAUCUUAAUAUGCACAUGCGAACACACACAGGGGAAAAGCCGUACAAAUGUAAAGAAUGUGGGAAAGCCUUUAGAUACUCCACAUGCCUUAAUAUUCACAUGCGAACUCACACUGGAGAGAAAUCAUAUGAAUGUAAGGAAUGCAGGAAAACUUUCACUCAGUCUUCAGCACUUGCAAAACAUCUAAGAACUAAGGCAUGUGAAAAAAACCUGUAAAUAUUUCUCAGACCAUAGUAUUCACAUCUGAAGUUAUCUGGAUGAAGACCUUAUGAAAAUAAAGAAUGUGAGAAAGCUUUACAACAUUUUCCUUACAUGGUAUGUGGGAACUUACCUGGGCCCAAAUUCUUAUUCAUAUAAGGUAUAUGGGAGAGCGUUACAGUUGGCCCUUGAAAAAAAUCUGCAUGUCAUUUUGAUUCCUCAGAAACUUUACUGAUAGCCUACUGUUGACCAGAAGCCUUCCCAAUAACAAAGUCAAUUAACAUACAUUUUUCUGUUAUAUGUAUUAUAUACUGUAUUCUUACAAUAAAGUAUGCUUGAAGAAAGAAAAUAUUAAAAUCAUAAGUAAAAUACAUUGAGAGUACUGUACUGUAUCAAUACCAUAAGUUUACUUUGUUUACAAGAUGAAUUGUCUGUCAGUACCUAUAUCAAUAUUUUCUUAUAGGAUACAAAGCAUCAUAGAUGGUAUAUGUAUUACUAACACUAGACAUAAAAUGUGCACAAAUAUGAAAAAUUCAUAUUUAUUUACAGAUAUAAUGAUUCAUGCAUUGAUAAUAAAGCAGCUUUAUGGUAACCUAGUGUAGUCUAUACAUUAGCUUAUAUGCCUAGCCUAUUCUCUAAUGAAUGAAUUUUUGUAAAAUUUUUAUGGCAUACAAUAUUACAGUGAUACAAUUCAGUAUUAGAAACAUUGCUACACUUAAAAAAGCCCAUUUACAUGUGGUGAUAGUCUGACAUACAAUUUCUCCAAUUAUGAAAUGCAUCUGUAAGGUAAUGUAACUUUUUGAAAGCAAAGUUAGAAAACAAACAAUUUAUAUUCAAUAUUACUCACUUUAUGUAGGGAUAGGCUCUCCACUUCUAUACAAGUCUUGCACACAAUGUUCUACAUGAAUACUUAGGUGAUGAUGACACAAAAAUGUCUCAUAUAGUUCUUGCCUUACAGUUUUCACAUGAACAGACACACUAUAUAAGUUUAUUAAGCAUAGAGCAUGAUUAUUUACUAUUCAUUAAGUGGAAGUGGAUCGUUAUAAAGCUCUCCUCUCUACUGUGUUUACAUUGAAUAGGC